GUAUGCGGCCUAGGCGCUUCACCAACAGCUUCGCCGCUUUGCCCAACACGUUAACUUCCUGGCCGCACUGUCGCGCGGCAUUCUGUAGGCCCAGCAACCGGCGUAUUGUUUUGCUCAAAAAUCCUAAGAGGCCCCAUAAAUGAAUUAGGAGCUCGCGCACAGAGCUUGUGUCGGCGCGACAAAUACUUGGUGUGCCGGCACCGAGGCCUUUCAGGGUUAACUUGAACCAGCUGCAUAAGUCUCUGCGCAAUCAAGCUCUUGUCAUAGACGCGGCAGCGCUUAGGCGCUCGACUUCGCACAAAGGGCCAGAACCGUGGUUCGUGGAGGAGGCGGUGGGGUUUGGCGCAAUCGAACCGCGCCAGGCGCCAUGCGGCCCGUCAGUGUGUGCGCAACCAGCGCCAGUGGCCCAUCCACCUCCAACCUCGGCCUCGGCUUCGGUGUCGCCAGCGCCGCAGCAGCCGCAUGCUGUGCGCGCCCCCUGCCGGCGCUGGCCGCAGCGGCGUGCAGCCGGCCACUGCACCGCCACCCCAGCUUGACCUCUGGGGCCCCAGGAACCGGCCUGUCCGGCGCCGCCAGCGCCCGUCAGCACCACCGGUCGGCGGUUACUCUCGUAGCAUCUGCGUUAAAAGGGUCAGGAGCUGCAGCUGGCACUGAUGGCGGUGGUAUGGAUGGCAGCAGCAGCGGCGGCGGAGGCGGCGGCGGCGGCGGGCUCGUGCGCAGCCGCAGCUCGCGCACGACGCUCACGAGGUCUGCGCCGGCGGCCGACGUGGCAGCGGCAGCGGCACCACAGGCUGAGCCGCAUGGACAGCCUCAGCGGCGGCUGAGGCGUAGGAUGGAGACGCAGGCGGUGGAGCCGGGGGCGCCGGCGGGUGGCCCCGCCGCCACCGGCACCGCCACCUCCACCACCACCACCGCAGCCCAUCGUACGUCGUCGUCGACGGACUACACCGCUUGGAAGGUCUCUGAGCUGCAGGAAGCCCUGGCGGCACACGGCCUGCCCCGCACCGGCCGCAAGGCGGAGCUAGUGGAGCGGCUGGCAGCAGCAGUAGCGUCGGGAGCAGCAGCGGCAGCGGGAUCUAGGUCGGCGCUUGCAUCCAGCGCACCUGCAGCAGCGGGGCCCUCGGUGGCGGCGGCGGCGGCGGCGGCGUCUGAGGCGGCGGCGCCGCCACCGCGGCAGCGGUCUAGGCUGACAGUGGCGCGGUCGACGGCGACGGCGGAUUUUGAGGACGGCCGUGGCGCCGCUGUGGCAGCUCCCUCUGGCACAGCCGGGAGAGCGGGGCGCGCUGCUGCCGCUGCUACUGCGGCUACUGCUAAUGCUGCCGUCACGCAGGGUUCCAGCGACGCGGAGUCGGGGGCUGCCAGCGGCGGGUUCUUGGAUGCCCUGUUCGACACGCUGACACUGGACAUCACAGUCAGGGAGCAGCGACCCGGACGGCGGCCGCGGCCCGCAACCACCGAUGGCGCCGCCGCCCGCAGCCCCUCCGCUAGCCGCGCGGGGUCUACUGCCGCAGACAGCCCGCCGGCGCAGUCCGCCAGGGCAGCCGCGGCAGCGGGGCGCGGCACUGACUCGCUGGGCUCGGUGCAUUUGGCCCUGGGCGGGGAGGGACCCGAUGAGACUGCAGCCCAGCCGGCUGCAGCGGCGUCGGAGGCCGCGUCGGAGGCAGGUGGAGAGGCCCGGCCGCGGCGGCUCACGAUCCGGCGGGAGCGGACGUCGGACGCGGGAGACACCAGGCCUAUGGCGUCCGCUGCAGCGGUGGCCCCGACGCCGGCGCCGCCGCUCCCAACACCCGUUGCGGCUGAGGGCCCCCCGGAGCGGCCCCGCCGCGAGCCUCGUGAGCGGCCGCCGCCUGUGGGCCCUGCGCCCGACCUUUCGCAGCUGCCGCCCUGGCCGCCCCAGUUCCUGGGGCGGCUGCGGCGAUUGGAGGAGGUUGCGCCGGGCGAAAUCGAAAAGCAGGAGGAGGCUGUGCUCCAGAACGUGCAGGGCCUGGCGCUGACGUGCCUGGGCAGCGCGCCCUGCCUGGCCACACGCGCCGCCGCAGCAGUCGCCGGGGCCGCCGGCGAGGACCGCGCGCUGGGCUCGCUGGCGCUGGCCCGCGGCAAGGACAUCUUCAUAUUCGACGUCGGUGACGACACACAGCGGCAGGUGGGGCAGGCCUACCACGUCAAGCCCUCCAAGAUAUUCCGCAUUUUCCUCACCAGCCUAGCGCCCGAGGCCGUGCUGGGCCUGCCCGGCCUGAUGUGCACCAUCAACGCCUCCCGCGAGCGCGGCCACGAGUUCGCCGACAUCCCGGUGCACGUGUACGGCCCGCCCGGCACCGCGGCCUUCCUGGUGGCCAUGAUGCGCGUCAGCCAGACCUACCUGGAGAUAACGGUGGUGGUGCACGAGUUUGCUGUGGGCCACGUGUCAGCUGCCGAGCUGGCGCCCAUUGUGGGUGGCGGCGGCGGCGGCAGCGGUCCCAUUGCCGUGGACAAGAACCGGCGUAUCAGCCGCCUGGCGCUACCGCCGGACCAGCUCAACCCGCGCGGCGGCGUGGACGCGUCGCUGCUCACGUUUGCGCCGGAGCAGGGCCGCGCCCAGCGGCGCAAGGGCCGCAACGCCUCCGGCGGCGUGCUGUCGUUUGACGCGCGCGCCGGCUACCUGCCCUGGCCGGAGCUGCAGCCCGGAGACCCUGACAGGCGCGAGCUGCCCGACCCGCUGUCGCUGACGUGGACUCUGGAGCUGGACGUGAGCGGCCGCGUGGUGGCGUGCCUGCUGCCCGCGGCCCCCGGGCAGCCGGGCGCGUUCGGUGGCGGCGGCGACGGGCAGUCCUACGUGCUGGCGUACACCGUCGUGGAGGCGGACCGCUCUGGGGCGCUGGUGAUGGAGCGCGCCGCCGCCGCCGGGCUGGAGGGCGGCCCGGACUUCGCAAGGCUCAAGCAGGGGGAGACCAUCGCCAACGCGUGGGGCCAGCCCAUCCCGCCCGAGCUGAUCAUCUCUCCCAAGCGCGCCGGCCGCCGGGUGGUGGUGACGGGCAGUGCCGCCGACCUGACCCCGCUGACCGCACACGCGCACACCCGCGGCGCCGACAUCCUGGUGCCGGGCGCCGUGUGGCUGCAGGCUGAGGCGGACGCGGCGGCCGAGCACGGUGGCUGCACCACCGCCGCGGUGGGCGCCGCCGCGGCCGCACUGGGUGUGCGGUACGUGGUGCUGUCCCGCUUCAGCGGCCCCUCUGCUACUGCCGCCGCUGGUGCGGCUGCUGCUGCUGGUGCUACUGCCGAGCAGGGCCUGCAGGACGAGGAGGAGGAUGAGCUGCCCAUGGACGCCCACACGAACCGGCUGGUGGCGGAGGUGGAGGCAGCUGCGUUGGCGGCGGCGGGUGGAAGCGCCGCCGGUAGCAGUGGCAAUGAGGCUGCCGCCUCCACCGGUACCUCCCGCCGCCGGAGCGUUCGCAAGACGGCAGUCGUGGCCGGGGCCGGCGCGGGUGGCAGUGGGUACGCGGGGGCGGCAGUAGCAGCGCACCGGCUGCGGCGGGUGCUGGUACUGCGGGACCUGGAAACAACGAUGAUGGAGAAGAACGAGGGCCCGGUGGAGCCGCAGGAGGAGUAAGCGCGAGGAAUGGGGGGCGUGUGGCUGCGUGUGGGAAGGGCUCUGGGCAGUACAGGUAGCGACUUACAGUGAGCACGCUAGGCUGGGGAUGGGUGCAGCAGUGAGCAACAGCAGUUCGGGGUAAGGGCGCACGCCCGGGGCUUUAACGUGAUUGGCAGUUGCCUGCUGCGAACUAGGGGUUGGUGAUGUGGUGAAUGUGAAUGUGUGAUACCCGAUUUGGGGGUCUAGAUUGGUUGGCCCGGCCCGGCAGGGGACGCAGGGCUUGGCCAUCGGCUGCAGGCCCAGUAAGGGUGCGAUGGGACACGGUAAGGGGCAGGUUGGCACGGGUUGGCGUAGUCCCGUAGUAUGCAGCCUAUUCCCAGACCCCAACACUUUGUUUGCAGCGUCAAGGCAAAGAUGGCGCGGCUGGUAUAACGACGGUGUCCCUGAGCCCAGCAAGGGUGAUACGCGGGCAAUAUCCGUGCGUUGUAACGAAUCAGGCGGUUACAUCAUUGGACGAGAGCAGUUGCAAUUUGCAAACUGCGUGUCGCGUAUGGGUAUUGACUUGGGGAGGGCGAAAACCCCGCCUGGCUGUACUGCGGCGGCUGUUGAGCUGGCAAGCAUGUGUGUUGGUGGCUGUGGGCCAUGCGUGCUAGACAGGUGGUGCGGAAUAGCGCGGCGGCUGUGGAGAAUUCUUUGCUCCUGCGCCUGUCUACUGAUGGGGGGACGUGGCCGUUGCAGGUGCUAACGUAGAUGGCUCGGCAGCUUGAGUCGCGCUAGGAUGCGUGAGUUGGAUGUCUAGGACGUGGACAUGGACAUGGCCGUGCACCAUUGUUGGUGCACGUGCACCGAGCCCGACGGGAAGCCUGAGGGACAUGCGUGCUUCUAGCAGUACCCCGGCGGGGGCGGGCCAAAACCCAAACCCAACGGGAGAGACUGCCGAGCAACGUGGCUGUUCGCGCGGCCUCAAAAUUUGGCUAUCCCGGCCGGAUCAUUUUGGCGUUUAUGCCUGUAACCGUAUAGAUGG